AUGGAGGAAAUUUAAGAGAAUCAUGAUAAAACCAAUACUAAUAUUUAGCUUGAAUAAUUGAUUUUUUAAUAGAAGAGAGAAAAACUUAAGUUUUUAAACAAAAUAAGUUAAUUGGAAAAAUAGUAGAGGUACAAUAUUUAUAUAAUAAUAAGAAUGUUAAAUUCUUAGGUAGAAUAAUAUAGAAGAGAAACUGAUGAUUAAAAGAUGAAGAUUAAGCAAUUCACAAAUCUUAUAGUUAAGCAAGAACUAGUUUAAGAUAAAAUGAAUGUACUUAUGUAACUAAAUAUUAUUUUUAAUAAAGAUAGACACUAGUUUAGAAAGAUAAUUAAUAAUAGUAAAGAACAAUAAAUCAUAAGUAUUCAUAAAGUGUUCCAUAGACAGGAAUGAAGCAAAAUAAAUUUUAUAGUAAUUAGGAGCUAAAAACAAAAAUGAGUGAAUAAUAGUAUAUUGAAAUUUCAUAUUGAAGAUCAUUAGAUGAGAAAUUUGUAAAAGAAAAUAGAGACUUUGGAUAUCAGGAUAGCAAAUAACAGUUAUUUUAAUAAUAAAACUAUAGAUUUCCAUCUCUUAUUGAAGAGUAAAAUAAGCUGGUAGUCGUACAAGUCCACAGAAGUAAAUUGAAGAAAAUGACUUCCCAAUAAGUCGAGUAAUUACUGAAUAAAGUAUGA